CUUCCUGUAAGAAGCGUCAGACCUGGGUUUGUUUGUUUUUUUCCAAACUGGGAAUAUCGCCCAGCUCACGCCUGUCGGAUGGACUACAGCAGGGGCGGUGUACCAUAAUAACUUUUACACCACAGAAUCGGAAGCGACGUUGGCCAGAAGAUCGUCGAGAUCCGUCAAUCUCAAUGUGUCGUGUAACCUCGUUCCCGACGUAAGCUACUGAAGGUGAGCCAUGUUCUUGGGACGACCAGCCACGAAUGACCGUCAUUGAGAUCUGAAGACGGGCACCGGGCCAAUCGAGGAUACAGGUCUUUAAAAUGGAGUUCUCUCGGGAUGUACACGGGGAGAAACACUAGACGAUACAGAAGAGCCCUUAGGAAACAAGACACCGGAUUUCCCCGGAGAGAGGUGUGCACGUGGGAGGAGGAGGAGGAGGAGGAGGAAGAGGAGGAGGAGGAGGUAGUAGUAGAGGAGAAGGAUUGCUUUUCCAGGAGAAACAAAGGAAGCACGGAGCGUGGUCAGUCUUCCAGUCACCAUGACGGAGCCCAAGACCGCCGCCGGCGGGAGCCCCGCGGCGGCGCUGGCGUGGGCGCGCGUGUGCAAGGAGUGCGGCCAGCAGCACGAGGGCCAGGACAACCACCUGUACGAGUACCAGGACGAGGUGGACGACGAGCUGGUGUGCCACAUCUGCCUGCAGCCGCUGCUCCGGCCCAUGGACACGCCGUGCGGCCACACCUACUGCUUCUUCUGCCUCAGUAACUUCCUGAAGGAGCAGGACUUCUGCCCCGUGGACCGGCUGAGGCUGCAGCUGCACCAGUGUCGGCCCUCCAGCCUGCUGGUGCGGAACCUGCUGGACAAGUUGAUGGUGCUCUGCCCCCACAACGAAGAGUGCCCCCAGCAGAUGCAGCGCUGCGAGCUGAUGCCCCACCUGCACAACAGAUGUCCUGUUUUCAAGAAGUUGAAAGAAGAGGCAGAGAGGAGGAAGAAGCCCUCCUGGAAAGAGGUCAAGGGGCGCAAUGCGGAGGUGGAGGCGUGCGCGGAAAGCAAACUUCCAGCGGCUCCGUCCAGAACGUCGACUCGAGAGCACGCCGACCCCGGCUUGAUCAACCCAGCCUACGAGGAGAGCGAAGAAGACACGGGCGCCCUGAGGUCCAGCCUGGUGGCGGAGGCCAACACGGUGGAGCUGUUCCGGGACGAGCCCGAGGACGACCUGGGCCUGCGCAUCGUGGGAGGGAAGGACACCCCGCUGGGGAACAUCGUCAUCCAGGAGAUCGUCCGCGACUCCCUGGCGGCGCGUGACGGGCGGCUGGCCCCUGGGGACCACAUCCUGGAGGUGAACGACAGCAGCCUGGCCGCCGUGCCGCACUCCAGGGCCAUCGCCGUCCUGCGGCAGCCCUGCUCCGUGCUGCGGCUCACCGUCCUGCAGGAGAAGGGCUUCAAGCCCCGCGCAGAGCCCCACCCCACCACCGCCGUCGGCCCCGUCGCCACCACGGGCCCCCAGGGGUCUCCCGGCAACGCCGCCUCGGCGCCCCACCACGGCGCGGUCGUCCAGGUGAUGCUGGUCAAGCGGGACCGCGGCGAGCCCCUCGGGAUCAAGCUCAUCCGCAAGUCGGAGGAGAGCGGGGUCUUCAUCCUGGACCUGUUGGUGGGGGGGCUGGCCGCCAAGGACGGCAAGCUGAGGAACAACGACAAGGUGCUGGCCAUCAACGGCCAGGACCUGAGGCACGGCACGCCCGAGACCGCGGCCCAGAUCAUCCAGGCCAGCGAGGUGCGGGUGAACUUUGUGGUGAUGAGGUCCACCGAGGCCCUAGAGGAGGCGGACGGUGGAGAGGGGAGGUCUGGACGGGGGUCCCGCAGAGCGCCGGAACAGCAGUACUUCAGGCGCCACUCCACCUUCCUGAAGGACCCUCCCAGUGGCUUCUCCAGCCAGGAGAAGACGGUGAGCCUGAAGAAGGAGCCCCGGCUGUCUCUGGGCAUCACCAUCGCCGGGGGGCGGGACUGCCGCUGCCGCCUGCCCCUCUACAUCACCAGCGUCCAGCCGGUGGGCUGCCUGCACCGGGACGGCACCAUCAAGACCGGGGACAUCCUGCUGAGCAUCAACAGCGUGGACCUGACCCAGCUGAGCUACGCCGAGGCGGUGUCGGUGCUGAAGGCCCAGGCGGCCCAGGGCCAGGUGGUGCUGCGGGCGCUGCAGACCACCGCCGAGGAGGCCGACGCGGAGGGCGGCGACGGCGGCAGCAGCGACGAGGCGGAGGCGCACGAGAGCGCCCACGACGACGACCUCAACUGGACCCCUCCCUGGACCAGCUGGCUGGGUCUGCCCAGUAACAUGCACUGGUGCCGCGACAUCGUCCUCCUGAAGACCAACAACGACAGCUGGGGCUUCAGCAUCGUGGGCGGCUACGAGGAGAGCCGUGGCCAGCAGCCCUUCUUCAUCAAGACCAUCGUGCCCGGCACGCCCGCUCACUUCGACGGACGCCUCAAAUGUGGCGAUGAGAUCGUAGCGGUGAACGGAGCGACCACGGUUGGCAUGAACAACUCCUCUCUGAUCCCCAUGCUGAAGCUUCAGAAGAACAAAGUCACACUCACCGUGGUGUCCUGGCCAGGGAGCCUCGCCUAAUCAACACACACCUAGGCACUAUCCCUUUCUUUGUGUCUGUCUCUCUAUCUAUUUCUCUCUGUCUCCCUCUCUCUCUGUUCCUCUGUCUCCCUCUCUCUGUGUCUGUCUCCCUCUCUCUGUGUCUGUCUCUAUCUCUGUGUCUCUGACGCCCUCUCUCUCUCUAUCUAUAUCUCCCUCCCUCUCCGUCUUUUUCUAUAGCUCUGUCUCUGUCUGUCUGUUUCAGUCUGUAAUCUCUGGCAUGGAUCGUAUGUCAGUAUAAACUCAUCACAGAGUGGGGGUGUUUUUAAGGUCUAUCCGGAAAUAAUUGGGAUAAUCUGAGUAGAGUAUUGGCACAAUUGGGGUUAAUCAUUUUAGAUUAAUGACGACAAUCAGUGGACAAGCGUUUAACUGUGUACUGGAUAUAAUAUUUUAUUUUUUAUUACAUUUUAUCAUGUCUUUAUGUACAUUUUACUUCACUUUGAAGCACCGGUACAGGUAAUUCAGUCAGCUGUAGAAUCCAAAAAAAGGAGUGCAGCAUUUAUGUAAUCAUAAUAAUGUGAUCGAUGCAGCGUACUUUGUGGCGUGAGAACAAAUGGACUGUUGGCCAUGCCCACAGAUGUCCAUUUCUCGUCAUAUUAAGUACAUUAUCAUCACUCGUGUUGUUUUAUGACAUGCAUUUUUAAAGUAUCCUUCAAAGCUGCUACAGUUCUUUAAGUGUGGAUGUGUAUAGAAGAUCAAAGACAAAGGUCAAGUAUAGGUUAACAUGGGCUCUCGCUGUAAUAGACUAGGCCACUUCAGGUAUGUCGCUCAACAACCUAGGGUCACAGAAGUCAACCAGGACCUACUAGCAGCCUGCAGGCCAAGCCUGGACAGACUGAACGACAUUUUGCCCAAGAAUACAGCGGCUGAUGAUAUUUAGCUGAAGCUAGGAGUAUAAAUCCCAUAAUGAACAAUAUUUGUGAUCGGACGAAUUAUGCAGAAUGUUGAGAGAGCGAAAGAUGUGCGCAAUUGAUUGCAAUCAAUCAAUGACAAAGUGCACUGUAGCAUGCUAAAUCUUGCUGAAUGUAUCAUACAACGUGGGUGUGUGGUACACAUUAAGGGAGAAAUCAAGACGUGCACUUGCCUUUAUUAUAACCUUAUCCGAAGGUUUUUUUUGCAUUUACCACGUAGUUAUUUUUACGUGACGUUCAUCACACUUAUAUUGUGUAUGGUUUCAAUAUGAAUAGGAUGUGCUUAUUAUAUUCAUCCUUUAUAUUUCUGUUGGAACCGUACCUCAGCUGAGAUGCUAAUCACCAAGUGGCCUUUCCGAUGUCCUGGAGAUGAUUUGAAAUAAUUCAUGUUUUGGACCACUUCUAUCAUCACUUUCAAUAAACUCGAGGAAUUGUAAUGUUUUGUUCUGUUAUUUUUUCGGCUUAAUGUGUUACUGGGACUCAAAACACUCCACACCCGAUAGUAUACAAUGAUAACCCUGUUUAAGUUACUUGAACCAAUUUAUAAUUUUUCUGAAAGCUCUGUAGCUGUCUUGUUUUAACCCUAGAGUCUGAACAAUUAUACCCUAGGGAGGUUAAAUGUACAUUAGUCCAUCCACAGUGUAUUGGCAAUGGUGUUGGGACUCGCAGCUGAAAUGUGCAGUUUGAUCCACAAAUGUCCUCAGCCUACCUGUAUGCAUCCUUGAGCAAGAUGCCUAAUCUUACCUGCUCCUUACUGACAUUUAGCUCAA